GAGCGGUCCAUGGGGAUUGAACCUGUGAUGGGGAGCUGAGCUUUGAUCUAGACCCUCCUGCUGGCUUAUCCAGGAGUGAGCUCAGAGGUCCUUUUUGGACAGCUCUGCGCUUUCCACGGAAACCCUGGUGGCAUAGUGGUUAAGUGCUACGGCUGCUAACCGAAGGGUCGGCAGUUCAAAUCUGCCAGGCGCUCGUUGGAAACUCUGUGGGGCAGUUCUACUCUGUCCUGUAGGGUCUCUAUGAGUCGGAAUCGACUCGACGGCACUGGGUUUGGUUUUGGUUUGGCUUUUUCCAUUUGUGUCCAUUAUUUGCAGACUUCUCUGAAGAGAAGCUCAGCUCUAUAGUUACAAGUCUGCACUAACAUAAAACAGUUUUUCUCACCUCUGUCAAUUCUUGGUAUUUCAGAUUCCAUGAACAGGCGUUAAAAUCGAGUCGUUCUCUUGUUAAAAGAGCACACGUGCUAGGAAUUGAAAUUCCCUUGCAGCAUCAGUAAUUUGCCCAGGAAUCUCCAAACGUGAACUUACUUCGUUGUGUUGUUGUUAGGUGCCAUCAAGUUGGUUCCGACUCCUAGUGACCCCAUGCACAACAGAACAAAACACUGCCCCAUCCUGCGCCAUCCUCACAAUUGUUGCUGUGUUUGAGCCCGUUAUUGCAGCCACUGUGUCAGUCCAUCUCUUGGAGUGUCUUCCUCUUUUUCGCUGACCCUCUACUUUACCAAGCAUGAUGUCCUUCUCCAGGAACCGGUCCCUCGGGACAACAUGUCCAAACAAGAAGGCUCACUUUGUGCUCAACAUUGCCUGAACAAUCUAUUGCAAGGGGAGUAUUUUAGCCCUGUGGAAUUAUCUUCAAUUGCACAUCAGCUGGAUGAAGAAGAGAGAAUGAGAAUGGCAGAAGGGGGUGUUACUAGUGAAGACUACCGCACAUUUUUGCAGCAGCCUUCCGGAAAUAUGGAUGACAGUGGUUUUUUCUCUAUCCAAGUUAUAAGCAAUGCCUUGAAAGUUUGGGGUUUAGAUCUAAUCCUCUUCAACAGUCCAGAGUAUCAGAGGCUCAGGAUCGAUCCUAUAAAUGAAAGAUCAUUUAUAUGCAAUUAUAAAGAACACUGGUUUACAGUUAGAAAAUUAGGAAAACAGUGGUUUAACUUGAAUUCUCUCUUGACGGGUCCAGAAUUAAUAUCAGACACAUACCUUGCACUUUUCUUGGCUCAAUUACAACAGGAAGGUUAUUCUAUAUUUGUUGUGAAAGGUGAUCUGCCAGAUUGUGAAGCUGACCAGCUCCUGCAGAUGAUCAGGGUCCAGCAGAUGCAUCGACCAAAACUUAUUGGGGAAGAAUUAGCACAACUAAAAGAUCCGAGAAGCCAGAAGACAGACCUGGAACGAGCCUUGGAAACAAAUGAUGGGCCAGGAAUGUUAGAUGAAGAUGAGGAGAAUUUACAGAAGGCUCUGGCACUAAGUCGCCAUGAAAUUGACAUGGAAGACGAAGAGGCAGAUCUCCGCAGAGCUAUUCAGCUCAGUAUGCAAGGUAGUUCCAGAAAUGUAUCUCAAGACACUCCACAGACAUCAGGUACAAACCUUAGUUCAGAAGAACUGCGGAAGAGAAGAGAAGCCUACUUUGAAAAGCAGCAGCAGCAGCAGCAGCAGCGGCAGCAGGCAGAUCUGCCGGGACCAGUUUCACAUCCACGUGAAAGGCCACCCACAAGUUCAGAAGCACUUGGGAGUGAUCUAGGUGAUGCAAUGAGCGAAGAAGACAUGCUUCAGGUGGCUGUGUCCAUGUCUUUAGAAACUGUUAGAAAUAAUUUGGAAACAGAAGGAGAAAAAUAACAAUGCCUUUUAAAAAUCCUUUAGGUAUUCAGACUUUUCAACAUUAUCCUGUGUGAUUACUACAUAGGGUUCUUUUCAGUAAUUUGUCAAAGAGAACAGUGUACAUCAGAGGAAAUAAGACUUUUAGGGUGGUUUGCAAGCAAAAUGAUGAAAAAGUGGAAAAAUGCAUCAGUUAUAGGACUAAAUAAUGAUCCUUCCAGUACUAGCCAAAGAGGCAUUCAGCAAUUAAAGAAAUUUAAGAUGGUUUUCUAAAUGUUCCUUUUUCUUUUUGAGUGUGCAAUAUCUAGCAUGUCUAAAAUUAGAAUGUUUUUCUUGGAAUUUUUGGAGACCAAUUAGCUCUUGCCACAGAACCUUUUCCAUACAGUUUUGUUUUAUUUUUCUAUAUUCCUUGUGGGUAAUUUGACUCACUUUCAUCAUUCAGUACUUACCCUUAUUUCUCAUCAACUAAAUUGACCUUUCAGGAAAGUAUCUCUUGUCUCUGUUGAUGAUGAUAAUGGUUAUAGGGGGCCAAACCAUUUUCCCUCCCAUCAUUGUGCAUUUGGGUAUCCUCUCCUGUUCCUGUCUCUGAUCACAAUUUCUCUGCCACCUGGUUUACACGAUUUUUAUACAACUCUUUCGAAAGAUGAUCAUCUUUCAUUCUUGAGGACUGGCUUUUUAAGCCCUCUAAGACGGGAUCGUCAUUUCAUGGCUCUGGUGCAUUCCGGAACUCUGAGGUCAGCCCCGCACGAAUACCUGAGAAGAGGUGAGCGUUUUCUAUGUGUGAACAUGUGCUUUUCCCGGACGCUGUGUGAAUGUCUUCCCUGUGUCCGAGCUUUACAGCUUCGUUGGAACCCCUCUUUCCUGUACCUUACUUCCUUUCUUCUCCAGUUGAGAAAAAUGGGGGAAGCAUAGUAUGCAAGCAGGUUUCCUUUUGUUGUACCCACCAUGAAUGUAUGACAAAAAAAUUGGCCUUCAAUUUUAGUAGCAAUUUUCCCUUUAUUUUUUCUCUUAUGUCUGGACCUUUCUGUUCUGUUUCCAGUUGAGUCAUAUGGAAUGUAAAUAUCUGCUUCUGCUGCACAUCUUUUCAUAGGAAUAGCUUGCCAGAGGUCAUCUGGACCAUGAAAAUAAUUUACUAACAAAAAUAUAUUUAAAUUUACACUGUGAUUUGACACUUCAUCAUGUUUAAAUAGCUUAAGAAUUAUAGAAGUCACAUAGAACUUAAUGGGUCUAUAAAUAAGAAAGUUCUUAGUUUUGAUAAAUAGUCUUUAAUAGGGAAUAACAGAGUUUCUAGUUGGGUAUAAUUUUGGUGAAAAUUGACAGUGUCUCUGAAAUGAGCGUUUAGAUUCUGUCAUCUGCUCCCCACCCCUCACUCUUCACCCCCUUUUGCAACUCUUGAAUGUUGUGUGGUUCAAAAACUAAAAAUCAGGAAGAAAAGUCAUUUGACAACUUAGGAAAGAAUGGUAUGUUGCUGUGCUGGUAAAUGGCUGCACACAUUUUAUCAGGGAAGUUUUUUUGAUCUGAGAUUUAUUGCUAACUAAAGAUGAGAAAAUGCCUUUUAUUUAGGAUUAUGAAAUAGCUUUUUGGAUAGAAACAGGUUUUGUUUUUUUCUUUUAGUCAUUAUUUUGUGCCAAAUGAAGUUUUCUGGAGUUUCCCUUACAAAAAAUUAGACAGUCUUGUUUUAAAAUUUAAAGUGUUCUUUUAAUAAUUAAAAAUGUUUCAGAGGAAUUAUAAAAUGUUAGAACUGCAAGGGGUUUUGAAAUUUGGUACCAUUCCCUCAAGAUUUACAAACCAAGAUACUUUAAGACUGAGCAUUUUGGUUAUUAUCCCCACAAUGCCAGUCAUGUUGUCCAUGGAUAUUUGGCCUUUACCUUUUCCCAUUGAAAAAUUACAUUAAACUUUUCAUACACUUGAAUUCAUGAGCUACAUAAUAUAAUAAUGUGAAAACUAAUAUAUGUAGAAGUUUUAAUCUUAAUUAGAAUUUAUAAAGUUCAUAUAUUUCCCGGUAACUUUACACACCCUAUAAGUACUUAUGGAAAUAGGGCAUUUUGGCCUUAAUUUAUUAGGGAUGUUUUAAACAGCUGAGCACACACUGGAUACGGUUGAAUAUGUUUGUUUAGAAAUUGUUACAUUGGGCAGGCAGAUCCAGAAUCCCUAGUGACCUGCCAUCUGGUUUGGAAUGGUUUAAACUUAACACUUGGAUUUCAUUUUUUAAUUCAUUUGGUGGUACGAAAAGGUGCCGGCGCCUUAACUGCAGUAUCAGAAAAUUACAAAGUUACACAAAGCUAUGGUUAGCACGUCACGAGCUGCCAUUUGUGGUAAACCACCUGCGAGAAGAUCAGAAACAACUGAAUUCAUUGUAAUUGUCCUGCCAAGAGCUUUAUAAGGAUUUCCAUUCUGUUUUACCAAUUGGAAAAACCUUCCUGUUUAAUAUUUAAACUGUUGGUAUCAUUUUUCUACUGUAUAAUUAACAGGAUAAAAUAUGUACAGUGGUGGUACUAGUGUAAUAAGUAAAGUUUAAACAAGCUUUGGAAAUACUUUCAUAUUUUCAGAUGUUAUGGAUUUACUAAGUAGUUAUUUAUGUUUUAAAAAUUCAGAGUGGUUAACCUCUGAUCUCAAACCAUCAGUAUACUUUUAUGGUGAUUAACAUGAAUAUUUCAGUGAUGUAAAUUGUUUGAAAAGCUUGCUGCGGGUAAACUUUAUAUUUCAAUUCUAAGAUCUUGGCCAAAUAAUUUACAAUUCACAGAAUAUUUAAGGUGCUUUAUUUUCUUUAAAACUCGAUUUUUCUUAAUUAAGGCUUUAUUCGUGAUGCCAAAUAUGUGGUACAUUUAAUGAGAAAAAAAGUUCAAAACCAGUUGAGUAUGAUCACAUCCAUUGCCGUCAAGUCGAUUCUGACUCAUAGGACAGAUUAGAACUGCCCCAUGGGAUUUCCAGGGAGCAGCUGGUGGAUAUGAACUGCCAGCGUUUUGGUUAGCAGGCAGAUGCUCAACCACUGUGCAAAACUGAUAGUCUAUAUCGUUUCAGUUACUAUUAAGCUGAAUAAGAUAAAGCAGGUUUGAUACUGUUCUUUAAAUCUUGCUAGAGCCAAGGUUUACAAAAUGCCUUAAAAUUGAUGCGUUGGACUUACUCAAGUCCAAGAAAAGAUUGAUUCAGUGCAUAAGGAAAAUAUGAUAAUAAUUGAAAAAUCUUAAAUUGGAAAAAAAAAUAAAUAAAAAGGUUCUAAAUUCUUAGGAUUCAAUAAUUAAGACCAACGUCACCCUGUUAAAACCUUUAUCUGCAAUUGGAAAGGCCUUAGGCCACAGUUUUCAGAGUGAAUUGGUUUUUUGUAUCUGGGCCCUAACAAGUAUGAGUAUGUGCUAUAUGUGACCUUAAUUAAGAAAAACCAAAUUGGACCAACUUAGUCAUUUCAGUGAUAAAAGUAAUCAUUUUCCAUAUUUCCAAAAUAAAAAACUUUCAUUCUGAGUCCCUUUUUAACCAGCUUCAUUUGCUAAAGAAAUGAACUGGCUGUUUAUUGCUUUGUAAUGCCUUAUACCUGUUGCUGUCGAGUCCGAGUCCCUUCUGACUCAUAGCGACCGUCUAAGACAGAGUAGAACUGCCCCGUACGGUUUCCAAGGAGCGGCUGGUGGAUUUGAACUGCCAACCUUUUGAUUAGCAGCCAAGCUCUUUACCACUGCAAAAAUAUUUUUUUGUUCCGUUAUGCUUUCAUGAAUGAAAAGAUGAUUGGCAUGGUUGCUUAAUUUGAAUUUGAAAAUUUUUUUUAAUUUGAAGAAAAUCUUUUGCUGUUUUUAUUGUUUCCAGAAUGGUCUGGCAUUUUAAGAAAUAUUCCUAGUAGCAUCAGUUCUAAAUUUACAGUAAUUGGCGUGUUUAAUUAAAGAUAGUGUAUUUCAACAAAUAUUUUAAGACUGGAUUCAUAGACAAAGCAGUAGGAAGCAUCAGUGAAAUACAUGUGGAAAAUUCCGGAUUGGCUUAGGAAGCACUUCAGUUGUCUCUUGCAUAGUUCAAAGGGGAAUGUUUUCCAGGAAAUUUUUAAUGUGUGUGUUUUUUUUGAAAGAGGAAAGUGUACAUUUGAAAUCUAGUUUCUACAACACUGGACUGUUAGGAAUAAUUGUUUUUUUAAUUACUGUUCUGUAAAAUAAACUAUUUGAAAUUCAAGUACAAAAAAGAUCUGAAAUGAAAAGCAUUGUAUUUGGCCAUGAUUCAGGUGCACUGUGGCAGUGCCGUUUGCUCAGGGCCCACCUCUCAGCCCUCCUGUGUGUGCUCCCGUCCAGGUUCACAUGCCAUCAUCACACACACACGCCUUCCCAUCUGGCCCCUAGAAAAGCGUGGCUUCCAAAGCACUGUUGAACACCGAGGAGUCUGUUGUUAAUGUAGAUGUUCAAUGAGUUGUAUUUUAAAUAUCAAAGAUUAUUAAAUAAAGAUAAUGAUUGCUUUUUUAUUUCCUUUUUAUAUGUGUUUAUUUUGUAAAUAACUCAGUUUCUAGCCUUGCUAUUCAAAGUGUGGUUGGAGGGCCAGCCACAUCAGCUUUUUAAGAAUACAGAGUUUCAGGCCACAGCCCCACCUACUGAAUCGGAACCUGCAUUUUCACAAGAUCCCCAGAGGGUUCUCAUGUACGGCGAUGGUGAUGGUGAUGGUGACGUUUGAGCAGCAUGCUCUGUGGGACUUUUCUAGCCAGCUUCAGUAAUGCUAAAGCAGCCGGGGGCCUGUGGAGGGAGGCACUGGUUUCCAUUCCAGCUGACUGCGGCCAACGGGGCCUUAAUGACCAGAGCUUUUGAUUUUUUCGGAAACCCUGGUGGUGUAGUGGUUAAGAGCUAUGGCUGCUAUCCAAAAGGUCGGCAGUUCAAAUCCACCAGGCAUUCCCUGGAAACUCUAUGGGGCAGUUCUGCCGUGUCCUAUAGGGUCACCAUGAGUCGGAACUGACUCGACAGCAACGGGUUUGUUUGAUCUUUUCCAUGAGAAACUAAGAAUUCCAGAUUUUUCUUUGAAAUCUGACUUUUCAGUGUUGGCUCAUUGUUUUCUUAGCCCUGACGGCCCAACAAAGCACAUUAGUAACAAUUUUUAGGAGUGUGUUUUUCCCUCAUUUUAUCCAACUUGGCACCAGAAUCCAUUGAUCAUGAUUGGGACCCACCUGAACUGACUGAUGUAGCGUGUAGAUUUCCAUGUUAGCCUUGAUCAGGGUUGGGCACAAAUUUUGAAAGAUGAGAACAUUUUAAAAGCUUACUACAUGCAUCUUCCUUUAGCAUAUCUUCAUAACUUUGCAGGGUCAGUUGACUGAAUUUGGAUGCCAAGAAAUAGCUCCAAUUAUUAGUACUAACCUGUGGGCCCUAUGAAAUACAAGUUGAUUUGAAAGCCUAUUUUAAAUGUUAACUAAAAACUUUCUCUUUUAUAAAAGUUAAUUUUUCUGUGUUGUCCUUAUCCUGCAGAUUCGCAUGUUUUAGGACCCCUUUAACCAUGUCUCUGUCAUCAAGUGCUCAAAGCUCACUUUAAAGGUCAUUUGGCCCCAGCCAGCCUCUUGAGCCCCUACUCUUGACAUUUCCCCUGAUCACAUUGUGGUCCUAGCAGGUUUCCUAACAUCUUCAUAUAAACAGCUCUUUCUCACCUCCAGGCACUCUUAACACUCUGUGUUUCCUCUCAUUAAAACCACUGCUGUCGAGUCAAUUCCGACUCAUAGCGACCCUACAGGACAGAGUAGAACUGCCCGAUAGAGUUUCCAAGGAGCGCCUGGUGGAUUCAAACUGUCGACCUCCUGGUUAGCAGCUGUAGCACUUAACCACUAUGCCACCAAGGUUUCCUUCCUCUCAUUAGCCAUUUUAAUCUGAUAUUCUUGCCCCUAAAGUUCAUUUUUGCAGCUCUUUCUUCACACUUUGAGUCAUGCUACAUCAGCAAAUCAAAGUCCCCAAAAUUUUACUCCAUUCACGUCAUUAAGGUUCACUCUACUUUGAGGAGGCAGUUCUUCCCAGUCGUAUUCUGAGGGCCUUCCAGCCUGAGGGGCUGAUGUUCAGCAUUAUAUCACACUAUUCCAAUGCUAUCCAUAAGGGUUUCACGGGCUAAUUUUUUUUGAAAGUAGAUCAGCAGGUCCUUCUUCCUAGUCUGUCUGAGUGUGGAAGCUCCGCUGAAACUUGUCUACCAUAGCUGACCCUGCUACUGUUUUAAAUACCAGUGGCAUAGCUUCCAGCUUCAUAGCAAUACACAGCCACCACAGUACAACAAACAGGUAGUGUAUGCUGAGCAAGUAAUCUGAGAAGCUGAACUAUAUAACAAAAAAAAAAAAGUGCAGCAUCAGGAUUGGAGUAAGACUCAUUAAAACCUGUGAUAUGCAGAUGACACACUUUGCUUGCUGAAAGUGAAGAGGACUUGAAGCACUUACUGAUAAGAACCAAAUACUACGGCCUUCAGUUUGGAUUGUACCUCAACAUAAAACAAAAAUUCUCACAACUGGACCAAUAAGCAACAUCAUGAUAAAAGGAACAAAGAUUGAAGUUGUCAAGGAUUUCAUUUUUCUUGGAUCCACAAUCAAUGCCCAUGGAAGAAGUAGUCAGGAAAUCAAAGUAUUGCAUUGGGCAAAUCUGCUGCAAAAGACCUCUUCAAAGAGUUAAAAAGCAAAGAUGUCACUUUGAGGACUAAGGUAUGCCUGACCAAUUGCCUCAUAUAUGUGUGAAAGGUGGACAAUGAAGAGGAAGUAUUGACAUAUUUGAAUUAUGGUGUUGGCGAAGAAUGUUGCAUAUACCAUGGACUGUGAUGUACAAUUCAGAAGAACGAACAUAUCUGUCUUGGAAGUACAGCCAGCAUGUUCCUUAGAAGUGAGAAUGGCGAGACUUUGUCUUGCCUACUUCAGAAAUGUUAUCAGGAGGGAGCAAUCCCUGGAGAAGGACAUCAUGCUUGGUAGAGGGUCAUUGAAAGAGAGGAAGACGUUCAUAAGAUGGAUUGACACAAUGGCUGCAACAAUGGACUUGAACACACCUACUAUUGUGAGGAUGGCACAGGACUGGGCAACAUUUUGUUCUGUUAUACAUAGGGUCACUAUGAGUCGGACCUGAUUUGAUGGCACCUAACAACAAAGUUCAUUGGCCGUCCCUUGCUCUGAAGACUCCUUCACACUGGACUAUCACCACUUGCUGUGCCCUGUUCUCUCCUACGAUUUUUCUCCCAGUGUUCUGUUCCUUCCCCUUUGUCAGGAACCUCACCCUUUGUCUCACAGGCCAAUAGAAACAUAAUUCUUAACGUCAUUCAUUCACUCAUCGAACAACAUUUGAGCCCUGAAUAAGAUAGUCUCUGUUCUCACGGCAUUUGCAUUUGGGUUGGUAGUUAGGCAAAGGAGACAUGUAAAUAAACAAACAUGACUUCAUAACAUGCUCAGAGCUGUGCUCUUUCUGUGAGAUAGGAAGACAAAACAGGGUGAUGUGACAGUGUGUGACUGGAAGGGAAGGCUACUUCAGACAAGGUGUUCAAGAAAGGUGUCUGAGAAAGUGACAUUUGAACAGAUACCUUAAAAAUGAGGAGGUAGCCAGGCAAAGAUCUUGGUAGCACAAUACCUGAGGAAACAGCAAGUACAACAGCUCUGAGGUGGAAGGUGACUUGUCCCUGAGAAAGAUUAUUAAUAGGCUAGUGAGUAGGGAAGAUGAAAGUGGGAUGGAAGCAUAAUCUUAUGUAAGGUUUUAUAAAUGAAGAUGAGCUUGGAUUGUAUUUAUAUUUUAUCACAGCAAUCUUAGCUUCAUUUGGUCAUAACCUCCUUUCUAGAAUAUUCACGUCUUUUUUUAAAAUAAUGUUUUAAAAAAUCCAUUAACAACAUUUUUACCAAAGACAAGUGCAUGCAUCCUAAGCAACCCAAAGAGUUGGUGGAAUUUUUAACACGAAAGAGUUUAUUUAACUGAUCCCGGAUCAGAAUUUCAGACAAGGCUCCCACCUCCCCACUCAUGCGUUUUUGUUUUCCUUCUUGUUAAAUCUACACAACUUUUUCAUCACUAUCAGACUAUAGUUUUGAAGCCUUAGCAUAAUUUUUGGUUGCCAUUCUAUAUCAUAAAGCUUAGUGACUAAUAUCUGGACAUCUGCCAGCUAUAUUGCAUUUGUUUUUCUUAGCCAGUUGCCAUUGAGUCGAUUUGAUGAUUGAUGGCAACCUCACGUGUGUCAGAGUUGAACUGUGCUCCAUAGGGUUUUUAAUGGCUGAAUUUUCAGAAGUAGGCCUUUCUUCUGAGGCACCCCUAGGUGGACUUGAACCUCCAACCUUUCAGUUAACAACAUGUUAACUGUUCGCACCUCUCAGGGACUCUUGUCUUUCUUAGCCACUUCUAAUCCAGACAUCAUUAUAUCACGUAUUCAAGCAUGUGCAAUAAUACCUUAGCUGUUCGCUUGGCUUCCAGCCUCUGUUCUCGAGUCCAGCCUUCCUGAAGCUACUUACCCUGGCACUCACAUUACCUUUAAGUGAACCUUCAUUACUGUCAACAUGUUAUCAUAGGAAAUAAUAUGUGUAAAUAUUAGAACGAUGUCAAAUUACUAUUUUUUGGAGGCAGCCAUUAAGAUUAUUAAGAAUCAACAAUUUAACAUUCAUGGAAUUGGAAUUGACUCAAGGGCACCGAACAUGUGCCUUAGCUUGGGCCCCUAGAAUGGGUGUGGGGAGUUGGAAAGUGGGACAACUAAGAGAAGGAAGCCAAACCAAGGUAUAAUAUUAAGCAAAGCCUCAAUCCUGUGGGAGAGGUCUGGAGAUAGUAUAUUCCUCUCUUAGAGUUGUCCCAGUCAGGGGAGCUGCAUCAUUUUAAACUCCUGCUGCCAGGAGUUUAAAUGACAUGGUUGUGUUCAACUGUCUGAGCAUACAGGCAGUGUGGGCUCUGGUGGCCUAGGCUGCUGACAGAUGCAGGUGCUGGCUGUUGGGCAUGAAAGCCCCCAAAGAACAGAUGUGCACAAAAAUAAUAAAGGGGUGAGGGAUUUGGGAGGGGUGAUGGUAUCUUGUGCUAUACCAGGUAGCCAGAUAAAAACCGAGGACUCAAUCACCAUGUACGAAGGGGACAAGAGACCUUAGGGAACAACUAGCAGUCACUGCUAGAUGAGACGACAGCAGACAAGAUGUUAACAUUUUAUUGGAAGAUGGUAAGUUGAUGUAGGAAUGAGCAGAACUGAGAAAGCUGAAUAUUAAAUUAAAAAGUAAGCCCAACAGUACACAGAAAAUGAAGGCAAUAACAAUUCCUUGGAGCAGGGUGGGUGAGAUGGGCUGAAAUCAGGAUUGGUUAAAAGUCUUUCAAACAGUAGAUUCUUUAGAGAGGAGGUAUUCAUCAAGAAAAGAAAAUUUUAAAUAAUUGACAGAACUAAAGGAGAUGAUUUCUGAAAGGGUUUGCUGAGUGCCCAGCAUAAUGAAUUAAAACACAAACAAGAAUCCACUCCAAGGCACACCAUCAUUAGUUUCACAGCAUCAGAAACACAGGUUCUACAAGCUUCCAGGAAGAAAAACAAGGCCCAGUGAAUAAUCAGAGAAGACAAGAACAGGAAAACAAAGCAGAGCAAUAGAAAUUUUUAUGUCUUUUGUUAAAAACAGAACUAGGAGGGUGACUUAAAAAUCUGUUGGGAAGUUUUAGAAGGAUUAGUGAUGUUUAGUAACAUAGAAAAUUAUGCAAAUAAAAAAAUGGGAUCUGUUAACUUCAGGAGGAACAAAAAGUUGGAACAAGAAGGGAAAUGUAAUUUUAGUAUACCACUUGGCUCGGCAGUGAACAGUAGUUAUGUAGUCACAUAAGGUAACAUCAGUUACUGAUUUUACCAAAAACGGUGGUAUCACUAUACUGAGAGCCCAGAAGGGAUGUGAAGAAGGCACGGGGUGAUAUAAGAGUACAAACUCCUUUAUUAUCCAUAAUAGAAGGUGGGUGGAUGUCUAAAAUUAAUGAGCAAAUGGUGAUUAUAAGCAUAAUAUAUAGAAAUUCAGAGGAAAAUAUCAGACUCAUGUUAAAGUCGUCUACUUAAAAAAAUGGGUUUUUGCUUUACACUCGCAUAAAUAAAAAGCUAUUUGGAUGGUUUUCUCAGAACAAAGGAACUGUCUUCCCUAGAUACUGAUAAUUCUACCUCUUGAGAAACAAACUAGCUUGCAGCUUUUAUACAUAUAUAUGUGUGUGUAUAGAGUGAGAGAGAGAGUUAGUUUGUCUUGGGUUCAGAGUUUCAGCUAGGGAGGCUCCACCUGGAGCCACACAGGCCCUUGGACCCUGUCUCACUGGAUGUUUGCGUUAGGUUGGUUUUGCUACUGAAGUGAUGAAGAGCACUCACACGGAUAAAAACCAAAACCCAGUGCCAACGACUCCCUUCCAACUCAUGGCGACCCUACAGGAUACAGCAGAACUGUCCUGUAGGAUUUCCAAGGAGUGGCUGGUGGAUUCAAACUGUUGAGCUUCUGGUUAGCAGACGACCGCUUAACCACUGUACUGCAGGGCUCCUCAUACGGGGAUAUUUGGUGGGGAAAGGGGUUUUCAGCCCAAACUUUAUCAGUUAUCAGACUUGCGUAUCUUUUUACUUUUUAUUAUUUAAAAAAAUAAUAAAUGUUAUAAAAAAAACUUCAGACACGUAAAAUAGAGGUUAGUAUAAUGAACUUCUUCCUACACACCCAUCGGAAACCCUCAUGGCAGUGGUUAAGUGCUAACCUGGUAACCAAGAGGUCAGCAACUCAGAUUCACCAGUAUGGGGCAGUUCUGUUCCUUUCUAUGGGGUUGCUGUGAGUUGAAUCCACUCCAUGGCAAUGGGUUUGGUUUUGGUAUGCCCAUCACCCAGCUUCAAGAAGUAUCAACUCUUGACAAUUCCUGUUUCAUUACUCCCUCUCCCCCACCCCAUUAUUUUGAAGCACACCCCAGAUGUCACAUCAAGUUAUUUAAGACUCAUACUUUAAGUCUCUUGGGCCACUUUCCAUCCCGCAGGGUCAAAAAAAAAAAAUCCCCCAGAAGGGAUUUUAUGAUACAGAGGUCA